AUGUCUCUGAAAAACAGCGAAGCGGCUCCUGUAGCCCAAGAGAAGAUCAACACUGAUAUUGUCACGCUUACUCGCUUUCUGACCGAAGAACAAUCGAAGCAUAAGGAGGCCACUGGGGACUUCACCCUGCUAUGCCAUGCUCUACAAUUCUCCUUCAAAUCCAUUGCCUACUAUAUCCGUCGAGCCAGUCUCAUAAACCUCAGUGGUCUUGCCGGUUCAUCCAACAGCACAGGUGACGAUCAAAAGAAACUCGAUGUUAUUGGCAAUGAUAUCUUUGUGGCCGCCAUGCGAACCUCGGGCAAAUGUCGACUCCUGGUUUCCGAAGAGGAAGAGAGGUGUCUUGUCUUCGAUGAAAACCCAAAGGCGCGGUACGCCGUCGUCUGCGAUCCUAUAGACGGCUCAAGCAAUUUGGAUGCAGGUGUCAGCGUGGGAACGAUCUUUGGAAUAUUCAGGCUGGCAGAAGGGAGUCAAGGAAAACAAGAAGAGCUUCUUCUUCCCGGAUCGGAAUUGGUAGCCAGCGGAUUCACUAUGUAUGGUGCGAGUGCUCAACUGGUCAUUACCAUGAAGGGAGGCAGCGUCAAUGGCUUUACCAUGGACAAUGCUUUGGGUGAAUUCAUCCUGACCCACCAUGACAUGAAAAUGCCCAAGUCUCGUGCGAUAUACAGCGUCAAUGAGGGGAACAGCCUAUAUUGGGAAGAAGAGGUCAAAGAGUACUUCAACAGCCUGAAGUACCCCAUUGAAAAAUCUGGAAAGCCAUACAGCGCUCGAUACAUCGGCAGUAUGGUGGCAGACGCCUACCGGACGUUAUUGUACGGGGGAAUAUUCGCGUAUCCAGCGGACAAGAAGAGCCCAAAGGGAAAGCUGAGGAUUUUGUAUGAAUGCGCACCUAUGGCUAUGGUCUUUGAGAACGCUGGAGGUCAAGCAGUCAACAGCCGUAUGGAACGUAUGCUUACUGUUGUUCCCGAGCAUAUCCAUGAUCGAUCUGGUAUCUUCAUGGGCAGCUACGACGAAGUACAAAAAGUGAUCGACACGCAACUCAUUGUCAAUACUUUACUCGAGGAGGACAAUUCGUUAGUAUCAUUUUCAAUGGCAAUUACCGUUCAGUCUCGCUCGCGUGUCUUUCCAGACUCUCAUGUCCCUUCUUCCCAGGUCAAAGUCGAAUCCUUAUCCAUCAUCGAUGCAAUUGUAUUGCAUUUCGCGAAAAGCGCCUGCGUUUGGUUCUACGAUGUAUCACCGGACACCGAUCGACUGAUAUCCAGUCUACGCAAGACUCUCAAUGCUUAUCCUCAAUGGGCGGGCCAGCUGCGCUUUGCUGAAUACGAGCCCGAUGCUGGACACAUCUAUCGCUUAGGGCGUUUGGAACUUUCUCAUGGAUCAGACUCUGAUCCAGGCGUCGAAUGCAUCCUCGCCGAAGCUGACUCUCCUAUGGCGUCCAUGGUUCCUCCCGAUAAGACCGAGAAACACUGGGAUCCUACGCAUGUCAAUUACGAAGAGUUUCUAGACAUGGAAACCGAAUACGCUCUUCACGAUUCGAAAGAAUGCCAAGGUCUACCAUCCAUGAAAGUUCAGUUCACAACCUUCAGAGACGGCGGCAUAGCCAUCGCCGUCGGUAUAGUCCACUCUCUCGCAGACGCCGCCGCUCUACUCACCUUCAUGAAAGACUGGGCCGCUACGAACCUUGCCCUCUCGUCCUCAAAAUCCGUCCCAAAGCUACAACCUCUCUUCGACCCCUCCCUCAUCGACGCUGCUGCAGCCGGCAACAUCGACGCCAAAAGACCCGACCCGUACAUCCUCGAAGUCGCCGCCAGGUUACCCGUGCACCGCUUCGACUACUGGGCCUCUGCCGGUCCUUCAACCCCGGAAUGGGCGCUGUCAUUAACUAAAAUCCCACCGGAGCUCGCAUCUCAAUCUCAAGACAUCAAGCUCGGCAAACCCGUACCGUACCAUACCUGGGAUGCCACAGCCCCCUGUUCGCACACGACGUUUUUCUUCUCGGCCGCCGAAACGCACGCAGUCUAUCUCCACGCCGCUGCGCAUACUCAGACACGAAUAUCGCAUCAAGAUGCCCUGCUCGCCCACCUAUGGGCCGCCCUGAUUCGCGCCCGCGGGCUGAAGGAAGGGGACGAGCAUUUCCUUGACGUCAGCAUCGACGGGCGGCGACGCCUACAGAAACCCUUGCCGCCUUCAUUCAUCGGCUCACCAAUCCUCAACGCUGGCGUCCGCACCAAAGCCGCAGCCACCGCUUCUCCUGCGAGCAGUGCGAAAGACGUAGCGGACAAAGCAGCCGCCAUUCGCAACACUAUCGCCGAAUUUGACGGGGAAGCUGUAGCAGCGCUGUUGCAUGAAAUGUGUUUUGAGCUGAGUGGGCAGAGGCGGUGGAACUGCUGUUUGGGCGAUUAUCAUACUAUCGUUACGAGUUGGGUGGGUAUUGGGGUGGGGGAGGUGGUUUUUGAGGAGGAGAAGAAGGUGAGGUGGGCGGAACCGCUGAUUCCGUCAUGUGAUGGGGUUGUGAUUGUGGGUGAGGGUGGGGUCGAAGGGGAUGGUGCAAAGGAAGGACAUGACGCAAAGAAAGAAUGGUGGACCAAGGGGGCGAAUCUCAGCGUUUAUCUGAGGAGCGAUGUUAUGAGGAGGUUGAUGGAGGAUGAGGGAAUCAGAGCUUUUGCGGAGAAGGAGUGA